AUGCAAGGUGGGAUCGAUGUAUCCUUUCCACACCUGACUGAUAAGCGAGCAAGGUUUGAAGCAGAACACCUCAUGAACAGGUUUUUGCACCUCAGCACCUAUGCAUGUGACAUUUCAGCACCACUAAAACAGGGGAAAUUUGCAGUGGUGAAGAAGUGCAUCCAGAAAGACACUGAAAGAGAGUUUGCAGCAAAAUUCAUGAGAAAAAGAAGAAAGGGCCAAGAUUGUCGGAUGGAAAUAAUCCAUGAAAUUGCAGUCCUUGAGCUGGCACAAUGCAACCUUUGGGUCAUUAACUUGCAUGAAGUUUAUGAAACUGCGACAGAAAUGAUCUUAGUCCUUGAGUAUGCUGCUGGAGGUGAAAUCUUUGACCAGUGUGUGGCAGAGAGAGAGGAAGCCUUCAAAGAAAAAGAUGUUAAACGACUUAUGAAACAGAUCUUAGAAGGAGUUUCAUUCUUGCACAGAAACAACGUGGUUCAUCUUGACUUAAAGCCUCAAAAUAUUCUACUAACCAGUAAGUCUCCUCUGGGAGACAUUAAAAUAGUAGAUUUUGGCCUUUCCAGAAUAAUGAAGAGCAGUGAGGAACUAAGAGAAAUUAUGGGAACUCCAGAAUAUGUAGCUCCUGAAAUUCUGAGUUAUGACCCGAUCAGUACAGCAACCGACAUGUGGAGCAUUGGAGUACUGGCAUAUGUUAUGCUAACGGGGAUAUCACCUUUCUUAGGGGAUGAUAAACAAGAAACAUUCUUAAAUAUAUCUCAAAUGAACGUAAGUUACUCUGGAGAAGACUUUGACCUCAUAUCAGAGUCUGCCGUGGAUUUCAUCAAAACUCUGCUGGUUAAGAAACCCGAGGACCGGGCAACUGCUGAAGAAUGUCUUCAACAUCCCUGGUUAGAACAAAGUGAUAAUCCUGCUUGCAGGGCCUGGAGUAAGAGUACAGAUGGGGAGACCAGUGAUGUCACCCAGGGAGAUGCAGAUUCUGCCUCUGAAAAAUCAGUAGAUGCUGAGAAGACUGAGGAGGAAGACGCAAUAGUGACAGAAGAACUAAUUGUAGUGGCAUCAUAUACACUGGGACAAUGUAGGCAGUCAGAAAAAGAAAAAGUAACUGAGCAGAAAGCCAUUUCCAAACGAUUUAAAUUUGAGGAACCCUUGCUGCAAGAAAUACCAGGAGAAUUCAUUUACUGAACUGCGUGGAGCUUCAUAGCUAUAACUGGAAGGCAAUGUUUUCUACUAAACAAAAAUAUCCUAGCCAAGUGAAUUUCUGAUAUGCAAUAAAUGUUCUAGAUAAAAGAAAAUGCUGAUAAAUCCAAGGAACAUGUGCCAAGUUUUUAAUUUCAUGGAACAGAUAACAAGAUUUCAAGUGGCUGACAAGUUAAAAGUUUGGUUUUUUCACAGUUUUUAGUUCUGUUGGGGUUUUGUUGUUGCUUGAUAGCAAAGGUUUUGUUAAUUGUUCCAGUGUUCUGGAGAAGUUGACAUUGGAAGUGUUUCAGUGACAGAUGUCAAGAGGAGUUUUU